CACGCGCCGCACUACUCACCCCCACUAUAAAUACCAAACUCGGCCGCCGUCCUUCCACCCUUCCUUCGACUCGCCGCUCCCACGAGAGAGGGGAAAGAAUCCACUUCGCGGGGAUGCUGCAAAGCAAAUCCUUCGUCAAGAAGACGAAGCAAGGGCGAGUGGUCAAGGUCGUGAGGGAGCACUACCUGAGGGACGACAUCUACUGCGGCGCGCUGUCAUGCAAGGUCUGCGACACCUCCGCCGCGCGCCUGACUUCGUCCGCCUCCACUAUUCUCAUCGUCGACACCAACGUUGUACUCCAUCAGAUCGAUUUGCUGGAGAAUCCGGCAAUAGAUGAUGUCGUGGUGCUGUCGGUGGUGUUGGAAGAGGUCAGGAACAAGAACCUUUCUGUCUACAAUAGGGUUAAAGCUCUCUGCACCAAUUCCUUGAGGAAAUUCUUUGUAUUCUCCAAUGAGCACCACAGGGAUACCUAUGUUAAAGAGAUGGUUGGAGAAAGUCCCAAUGACCGAAAUGACAGAGCAAUUAGAGUGGCUGCACGUUGGUAUCAAAGUCAUUUGGGUGGAAGCACACAGGUUUUACUUAUUACCAAUGACAGAGAGAAUAAGAGAAAAGCCAUUGAGGAGGGUCUUUCUGCAGAGACAGUUGAAUCAUAUGUAAAAUCACUUGGGCAACCAAAUUUGCUUGACUUGGUUUCUCUUCCAACAUCUGAAGAUGUUGGUAUGGAGGAGGUUGAAGAUCUGAGACCAUCUAAGAGAAAAGUUAUCUACAAUGAGCACAAACCUAUGUCAGAAAUUACGUCUGGUCUGCUUCGUGGGAUAUACCAUCAAGGAAAACUUCGGGUUAAUAGAUACAAUCCUUUUGAGGCUUAUGUGGGGAGUGAGAGCAUUGGUGAUGAAAUAGUUAUACAUGGCCGGGCAAACAUGAAUAGGGCUUUUGAUGGAGACAUAGUUGCUGUGGAGCUCUUGCCUCAAGACCAGUGGCAUGAAGAGAAGUCCUCAAUCAUUGCUGAUGAUGAAGAUGACGAGGAAGAAGAUGUUCACUUGGUUCCAAGCAGUGCCGACGAUGCUCCACGGAAUACAAAUCUAGUACAGCCUGCUGCUGCAUCUACAGCUUCUACUUCUAGUCGUCCAGCUGGGCGUGUUGUUGGCAUUAUAAAGCGCAAUUGGCACUCUUAUUGUGGGUCUUUGGAGCCAAUGCCAAUGCCUGCGGGUAAUGGUGGUAUAGCCCAUGCUUUAUUUGUUUCCAAAGAUCGCAGAUUUCCGAAGAUUCGGAUUCAGACUAGACAGCUUGAGAAUCUUCUGGAUAAAAGGAUUGUUGUUGCUGUUGAUUCUUGGGAUUGUUUGUCUCGAUAUCCAUCAGGACACUAUGUGCGGACCAUAGGAAAGAUUGGCGAUCGAGAUACUGAAAGUGAGGUGUUGUUGAUUGAGAAUGACAUAAAUUCAAGACCUUUUUCUGCACAAGUUCUCGCUUGCUUACCACAUUUACCAUGGACAUUAUCUUCUGAAGUUUUGGCUAAUCCUAAUAGACAGGAUUUGCGGCAUUUAAGGGUCUUUAGCGUGGACCCUCCUGGAUGCAAGGAUAUUGAUGAUGCGUUACAUUGCACAUCUCUUCCAAACGGAAAUUUUGAAGUGGGAGUUCAUAUUGCUGAUGUUACAAAUUUUGUUCUUCCUGGUACUCCUCUUGAUGAGGAGGCUUCACAGAGGGGUACAUCUGUUUAUCUUGUUGAGCGGCGGAUUGACAUGCUGCCCAAGCCUCUUACUGAAGACAUAUGUUCUCUUCGCUCUGAUGUGGAAAGGCUAGCAUUUUCUGUCAUCUGGGAAAUGACAUCUGAAGCAGAAAUUAUAUCUACAAGAUACACUAAGAGUGUUAUAAAAUCCUGUGCUGCAUUAUCUUAUGUAGAAGCUCAAGCCAGGAUGGAUGAUAGUCGUUUGAUGGAUUCAUUAACCACCGAUCUGAGAAAUUUGAACUCAUUAGCAAAGGUUAUGAGACACCGGCGUAUUGAAAGAGGAGCUCUUACUCUUGCUUCCGCAGAAGUCAAAUUCCAAAUUGAUACUGAAACUCACGAUCCUCUAGACAUUGGCAUGUAUCAAAUUCGAGAGGCAAAUCAAAUGAUCGAGGAGUUUAUGCUUGCUGCCAAUGUUUCAGUUGCAGAAAAGAUUUUGAAACAUUUUCCUUUGUGCUCCUUGUUAAGGCGCCACCCUACCCCAACCAAAGAGAUGCUUGAACCAUUAUUGCGCACAGCUGCUGCUAUUGGCCUGGAUUUGGAUAUUUCAUCUUCAAAAGCACUUGCUGAUUCACUUGAUCAUGCGGUGGGUGAUGAUCCAUACUUCAAUAAGCUGAUCAGGAUUCUAGCUACUAGAUGCAUGACUCAGGCAGUCUACUUCUGUAGUGGAGAUUUAAGCCCCUCCGAGUAUCACCAUUAUGGACUUGCAGCACCUCUUUAUACUCAUUUCACUUCUCCUAUUCGCAGAUAUGCAGAUGUCAUUGUUCACAGAUUGCUAGCUGCAGCUCUAGGAAUUGCCAAGCUUCCACCAAUUUUUAUGGAUGGUCUACAACUUACAAGCAUUGCUGACAAUUUGAAUUACCGUCACCGAAAUGCCCAGAUGGCAAGCCGAGCCUCGGUUGAGCUCCACACACUAAUAUAUUUCAGAAAACGGCCCACCGACACAGAAGCCAGGAUAGUGAAGAUAAAGUCCAAUGGUUUUAUUGUUUUCAUUCCCAAGUUUGGUAUAGAGGGACCGGUAUACUUGAUGCCAAGGGGGGACAAAGGAGGUGAUUGGGUGGUAGAUGAGGUGCAUCAAAAAGUGAUGAGGACAGGGACAAACAUCAGUUAUGGUAUCUUGCAGACCGUGAGGAUUCACAUGGAAGUGGUGGAACCUCAGCCGAACAGGCCAAAGCUUGAACUCACGCUUACAUAGGGAUACAUGUAACAUUACUCCUCUCACUUGUGUUCUAGCACUUCUUUUUUCUUUUUUAAAUUUAUUGGCAGUGGUAUUUGUUUUCCUAUAUUUAUUUUACCUGAUUAUUAUAAGAUCUUGAUUUUGUAAGACAGAAUAUGUGCCAUAAUAUUAGCGAAAUCUAGUCCAGUUGCUGUCAGUGUUCAGAUUUAUGCUCACUGAACAUGCUGCACUUAGCUUCC